AUACUGGAGCCCAUGUGCACCAUUGGUUUGGAAUCAGGGUUUUCCAACUCCCCUAGGUGGACCCUCCAUGUCCACCAACCCGGUUAAAGCGCCGGACAUUCUUUUGGUAAAUAAGAGAUGAUGAUUGAGUUUCAUCUGAUAUAUACUAUUAGCUAGUUAUUGAAACAUACAUACUAAAAACUAUAUUGCGAGUGGAUAUCUCUUUGCUCUUAUCUGUGAAAAGUUUAUUAUAUUUUCACUUCUGUUAGACUUUGUAGCGGCACAAGCCUCUACAAAAUCGGUUUGUGGUUCUAAAUUUAGAUUUUAUGAGAUGGAAAUACUACAUUCACAGGUGGGACCGUAAAUUUUUACCAAGAAAUGUCAUCAGCUAUUACCCCAAAAUCCUAUUUAACUAUAUAUGGCUGAAUGAAUUUUGCGUCGAAGUACAAUAACUUCUAUCUCUAAUUUCAUUAGUUCGUCCAUAAAUUAUAGUCUCAGCCUUCACUUAUAUUUUGCAGUCUAGCUUUCGACAAGAUUAUACUAGUGUCUAUUUAAACUUUAAUCAAACUAUCGAAAUUGUACUGUCAUCAUUUUAGCUUCACCUGUUCAGAUUUCAAUCAGUUAGCUUGUAAAAUUAAUGAGUAGGAUAAGAUUGCCGAUUAUAUUUCAACUAUUAAUAUAUUCAGUUCACUUUUCGUGCCUUUACAUUUACGAGUAUCCACUAAUGAAAACUGAAUAUAUCAUAAUUGCUGAAAAUGUUCAUUUCACGUGUGUUACAUAACAUUAAACUUUAGUAAAUGGCAAAGCGAUGUUCUCUUCAGUGGGUUAAUGCAAUAAAUGGCACAGUUGGUCCUGGGCUACAAAACCAUGCUGGUGCUAUUGUAAGAGGAGAUUUCUAUUUGCACGGUGGAAUAACUUCUAAUGAUGCAUCAUGUAAAACCCCGAGCAACUGCUUUUACAAGAUACAAGUUUAUCCUACAUUAGGCCAAUGGAUAGAAAUUACAUCUUCAGACUCACCAUUUCUUAGUCAACAUACGUGUCUAGUCUUCAAGCAAAGAUAUCUUGUUUUUAUCGGGGGAUGGAAUGGACAUAUCAGAAUACCAGGUAUACAUACAUACGACACUCAGUCGAAUAGUUGGCUACCGCCUGCCUUGAAUGAACCAUUGCUUACUGGGUUUCCUCAGGGAGCUGGGUUGUCAGCUCAUUCUGCCCAAAUAAUACGUCCACUAAAUGAUGAGAAUGCGUUUUCAGCUAUUAUUAUCGGACGAGAAGGUUCUCUAAGAAGUCAAAGAAAGGCAGGGAAUAUUUACUUAUUAUAUGGUAAUUUGAUCGAUAUGGAUUCACCUCAACAAAGAAUGAAAUACGUUUACUGCGAAGCCGAUUCCAGUCUCACAGUAUCGUCAAGAAGUUAUCAUACGUCGACACCGAUCACACCAUGUAUGUUAGUUACUAUUGGUGGUUGUAAAAGUAAUUCGGUGGAUUUAUUAAAGUGGAAAAUAAUCCAUAAUAAAAAGAAGAAAGAACCAUGCAAUUGGCCUGGUCGCCUUGAAUAUCCAUUGACAUCAUGUACAGUUGUAACAAGUUUUAUUAAAGAUACUGAACAAAAACAAAAGUCUAAUAUAAUCCAACUUUCACCAUCCUAUCAAAGUGGUUGGCGUGGUCAUUGUAUAAUACCAGGUGUUGGUGGUUUAUUUAUUGGAACAGGAGAAGGUUUCAAUGCAUUAAUACAUGGCCCACUUAAUUCAGCAUAUCUUUUAAAGUAUGAUGAAAACGGUAGUAGUGUUAAACCAACAAUUUACGAAAUUGGUACAAUUGAUGAACCAAGAGCAUAUGCAGUCUCUGCAGUAUGUAGUAAUGAUGGUACAGCUUGGUUACAUGGUGGUCUCGGACCUAAAGGCAAAACAAUGAAUACAUUAAUGAAAUUAAUAAGAGUUGAUUGACAAAUGUUUCAAUGAAUUCCCAAAUAUUUGUGAUAUCAUAUUUCAUUUUUAAGUUGUAUAAUUAUUUUAUGGGAAAUAGUUUUUAUCAACAUAUUUCGCUAUCACAAUUCCCUUUAGAUUAAAAGAAAAACAACUCUUCACGACCAAGAAUUCAUUACCCUAGAACUGUUUUUAGAGGACAGUUUAUGUAAUAACCAUCUGUUCAUGUUGUUGUCGUCAUAACAUUCCCACAUAUUUUUUUGUUUUCAAUUUACACUACUUGUAAGUAGCUUAAAUCAUUUUGCAAAAUAUGUUUUGAGUAUAUCAAUCAAGUGAUGGUUUUCAUACUUAAUAUAUUUUUUAAACUCUCAUACUUUGAAUAAUUAGUUAAUUAAAUUAAUUUUAAUACUAAAAUAAAAUAAAAUUUCUAAAAAAGUGAA